AUGUCAGAAAAUCAAGAUACAAUAUCUAAAACAGAUCUAGGGAAUGAUUCAAAAGAAUUAUCAUCAUCAUCAGGAUCUAAUAAUUUAUCAAAUAAUAAUAAUUCAAAUAAAUUUAAAAGAGCAACAGCUCAAGAUUUAAUAAAUACACCACCUCCGAAUUUAAAAGAAAGAAUAAAAAGAUGGUUCUUCUUAAAAGGUUUAAGUGAUAGACCUGAAUAUAUGCAAGAAAUUUAUAAUAAUAUACCUAGAACAAUUUUUUUUAAUUAUGAUUUACCAAAUGAUAUGAAAGAUUCUAAUGGUCAUCCAAUUAUUGAAUAUCCAAGAAAUAAAAUUAGAACAACAAAAUAUACUCCAUUAUCAUUUUUACCAAAAAAUUUAAUAUUACAAUUUACAAAUGUUGCAAAUACUUAUUUUUUAUUAUUAGUCAUAUUGGGGGCAUUUCAAAUUUUUGGAGUUCCAAGUCCUGGAUUAGCAGCUGUACCAUUAAUUGUUAUUGUUUGUAUUACUGCUAUAAAAGAUGCAUUUGAAGAUUAUAGAAGAGUUAUAAGUGAUUCAGAAUUAAAUAAUAGUCCAAUUCAUUUAUUAUCAGGAGUUAAAAAUCCAAAUGUUGAAAAAGAUUUUGUUGGACCGUGGAGAAGAUUUAAAAAAUCUUGUACUAAAAGUUCAAUAAAAUUUUUCAAAGUUUUAAAGAAAAGUUGUAUAUUUAUUUGUGGAUCAAAGAAACAAAAACAAGAUUUUAUUAGGGAAAAAGCAUAUGAAGAUGAAUUAGCUUUACAUAGAGUAAGUACAGUUAUAUCUGAUUAUUCAUAUCAUUCUGAACAUCCAAGAUAUAGUAUGCAAUCACCAAGAAGAAGUAUGCAAUCACCAAGGAUGAAUUCUAAUCAUGUUAGAAAAUCAAUGCAAUCAAAUAGACCACCAACUGUAGCAUUACCAAAUUCAUUAUUAAAUCCAAUUUUAAAAGAUGAAAAUGCUAAACAUCCAGAUAUGAAUAGAGCUAAUUUUAAAAAUCGUUCAUGGAAAGAUGUUAAUGUUGGAGAUAUGAUUAGAAUUAGAGCAAAUGAAGAAGUUCCUGCAGAUGUUAUUAUAAUUUCAACUUCAGAUCCAGAAGGUAAUUGUUUUAUUGAAACUAAAAAUCUUGAUGGUGAAACAAAUUUAAAAAUGAGAAAAGCUUUGAAUUGUGGUGGAAAUAAUAAUUUAAAACAUUCAGAUGAUAUUAGUGAUACUAAAUUUUGGCUUGAAUGUGAUGCUCCAAAUCCUAAUUUAUAUUCUUUUAAGGGGACUAUUCAUUAUGAAAAUUAUGAUUCAAAUGGUCACUUAGUAAAUGAAGAUGAAAAAGAAGCAAUUACUCCAGAAAAUGUUUUAUUGAGAGGUUGUACUUUAAGAAAUACUAAAUGGGUUAUUGGUUUAUGUGUUUAUACAGGUCCAGAAUCAAAAAUUAUGUUGAAUGCUGGUAUAACUCCAACAAAAGUUUCAAGAAUUUCAAGAGAAUUGAAUUUAUCAGUUAUCAUUAAUUUUCUUUUACUUUUUAUAUUAUGUUUCAUAUCAGGUUUAAUCAAUGGGUUAUUUUAUAGAGAAACUGAAAAUUCGAGAAUGUUUUUCGAUUGGCAUCCUUAUGGAUCUACUAAUGCUGCAAGAGGUGUAAUUGCAUUUUUUGUUGCAUUAAUUAUUUAUCAAUCAUUAGUUCCAAUUUCAUUAUAUAUUUCUAUUGAAAUUAUCAAGACAUUACAAGCAUAUUUCAUUCACUCAGAUAUUAAAAUGUAUUAUCCACCAUUAGAUUUCCCAUGUAUACCAAAAGCUUGGAAUAUUUCCGAUGAUUUAGGUCAAAUUGAAUAUGUAUUUAGUGAUAAAACUGGUACAUUAACUCAAAAUGUAAUGGAAUUUAGAAAAUGUACAAUUAAUGGAAAAUCUUAUGGUUUAGCAUAUACAGAAGCUCAAAGUGGGUUAGAUAAAAGAAAAGGUUUAGACACUAUUGAAGAAGCAAGAAAAUGGAAAUUGAAAAUAGAUCAUGAUAAAGAAAUUAUGAUGGAUGAUUUAAUGAAAUAUUCACAUAAUGAUCAAUUAAGAGAAGAAAAUAUUUCAUUUGUUUCAAGUGCAUAUGUCAAAGAUACAUUAUUAGCAAGCCCACAAAAUCCACAAAGAAUUGCAAAUGAAAGAUUUAUGUUUGCAUUAGCCUUAUGUAACACAGUUGUUACGGAAGAAAACAGAGUAGACCCAAACUUACGAGAUUUUAAAGCAGAAUCACCAGAUGAAGCUGCAUUAGUUGCAGUUGCUAGAGAUUUGGGUAUUGUCUUCAAAGAAAGAUUGAGGAAAUCUUUAAUCUUACUGGUUUAUGGUAAAGAAGAAGAAUUUGAAUUACUUGAUAUAAUCCCAUUUACAUCAGCAAGAAAAAGAAUGUCAUGUGUUAUAAAAUCACCAGAUGGUAAAAUAACAUUGUAUACUAAAGGUGCUGAUAGUGUAAUUUUCCAAAGAUUAAAUCCAAAUUUAAAUUCUCAUGAAAUAGUGAGUAAGACUGCGUUAUAUUUAGAGGAUUAUGCUAAUGAAGGAUUACGUACAUUAUGUAUAGCUUCAAAAGAACUUGAUCCAUCAUGGUAUGAACAAUGGUCAAACAAAUAUCAUGAAGCAAAUGCAUCUAUUGAAGAUGAUAGAGAUGAAUUAAUUGAACAAUUAGAUGAUGAAAUAGAACAAAAUUUGGAAUUAUUAGGAGGUACCGCAAUUGAAGAUAGAUUACAAGAUGGUGUACCGCAAUCAAUCUCAAUUUUAGGUAAUGCAGGUAUUAAAUUAUGGGUUUUAACUGGUGAUAGAAUUGAAACAGCUAUUAAUAUUGGAUUCUCAUGUAAUUUAUUAGAAAAUGAAAUGAAAUUGCUAGUUGUUAGACCAGAUGAACAAAAUCCACAUAGUGUUGAAUAUUUGGAUGAUUUAAUUAAUAAAUAUUUAAGUGAACAUUUCAAUAUUAAUUGUUCAAAUCCAGAAGAAGUUAAAGAUUUAAUAAAAGCAGCAAGAAAAGAUCAUUCAAUUCCAGAUGCAAAAUUUGCUUUAAUUAUUGAUGGUGCUGCAUUAACAUUAAUGUUUCAAAAUCUUGAAGAUCAUCCUAAUGAAAAUGUGAAAUUAAUUCGUGAUAAAUUUUUAUUAUUAGGUAAACAAUGUAAAUCAGUAUUAUGUUGUCGAGUAUCACCAGCUCAAAAAGCACAAGUUGUUAAAUUAGUGAAAUCAAGAUUAGGUGUUAUGACUUUAGCUAUUGGUGAUGGAGCAAAUGACGUUGCUAUGAUUCAAGCUGCAAACGUUGGUGUGGGAAUUGCUGGAGAAGAAGGUAGACAAGCAGUUAUGUCAUCUGAUUAUGCAAUUGCACAAUUUAGAUUUUUGACUAGAUUAUUAUUAGUCCAUGGACGUUGGUCAUACAAGAGAUUAGCAGAAAUGGUGCCAUGUUUCUUUUACAAAAAUGUUGUUUUUACAUUCACAUGUUUUUGGUAUGGUAUUUUCAAUAACUUUGAUGGAUCAUACUUAUAUGAAUAUACUUAUCUUAUGUUUUAUAAUUUAGCAUUUACUUCAUUACCAGUUAUUGUAUUAGCUGUUUUUGAUCAAGAUGUUUCAGAUACUGUUUCUUUAUUGGUUCCUCCAUUAUAUAUCAAUGGAAUAUUGAGUAAAGAUUGGUCCCAAUAUAAAUUUAUCAUAUAUAUGAUUGAUGGUUUAUAUCAAUCAGUUAUUUCAUUCUUUUUCCCAUUUUUAUUAUUUUAUAAAAGUUUCCAAAAUCCACAAGGUAUGACUAUUGAUCAUAGGUUCUUUAUGGGUAUUGUCGCUGCUUGUAUUGCUGUCACUGCUUGUGAUUUAUUUGUUUUAUUAAAGCAACAUAGGUGGGAUUGGCUUUCUUUAUUAAUUUAUGCUAUAUCUAUAUUAUUGGUUUAUUUCUGGACUGGUGUAUGGAGUGUGAACAAAAACUAUUCAGGUGAGUUUUAUAGAGCAGGUGCUCAAACUUUAGGAACUUUAGGAGUUUGGUGUUGUAUAUUUAUUGGGAUUAUUGCAUGUUUAUUACCAACAUUUACUAUUGAUUUCCUUAGAGUUAAUUUUAAACCUACUGAUGUUGAUAUAAUUAGAGAACAAGUAAGACAAGGAAAAUUCGAUGAUUAUCCUGAAGGUUAUGAUCCUACAGAUAGUGAAGAUGUUGAAAGACAUCGUUUAUUAAAUGAAAUAAUUGAUAAAGAUCCACAAUUAUUUGAAAAAAUGGAAGAAGAAUAUAAACAAGAACAUGAUGAACAUGAAAAUAAAUUAGAAAAAUCAUUAAAAACCAUAAAAAGAGCAACUACUCUUACAACAAGAUCAAGACAAAAUUCAAACGCUGCAAGACUUCGGAAAAACACUAUAAACGAUCAAUUCCAUAAAAAUAUUCCCAUCAACAUAUUAAGACAACAAAUGAUUCAACAAGGAGAUUUACCAAGAACUUCAUUAGAAAGAAUAAAUACUACUCAUAAUGUACCAGGAUUAACAAAAGCUGAAACUCUCAUGUCUUAUCAUACAAGAAAUAGUAUUAAUUUUACUAAUAGAUGA